AUGGCCAACCUAACCCGCGCCUACCUCUGGUUCUACAACACAGCCAACCUAAUCUUCUGGUUCAUCUGCGUCGUCGUAACCUUCCGCCUCCUCCCUGACGCAAUCGAAACCGACAAUGUGCACACGAUCUUCCCGAAAACCAGCCCGCUCCUGGUCAUCACCCAAUCGCUCGCCUUCGCCGAAGUGCUCCAUAGCCUGACCGGCCUCGUCCGCGCGCCCCUCAUCACAACGACCAUGCAAGUUGCCUCGCGCCUGCUGCUGGUUUGGGGCAUCAUGACUCCGUUCGGUGGGGAGAUUGUCGGCGGCUCUGAGCCGGGCCUCGGCGACUUCGCGUACCUGGGCUGUGUGUUGGCGUGGGGAGUCACGGAGAUCAUUCGGUACGGAUUUUUCUCGAUUACGCUUUCCGGUAACGCUGUUCCUGAAUUCUGGACUUGGUUGCGCUACAACACAUUCUAUGUGCUGUACCCGGUUGGCAUCUCGAGUGAGUGUGCGCUGAUCUUCCUUGCGCUUGGUCCGGCUGGCGCCAUCGAUCCGCUUUUCAAGUAUUUCCUGAUUGCGGUCUUGGUUAUUUAUGUGCCUGGUUCUUAUGUCCUCUACACACACAUGAUUGCGCAGCGCCGGAAGGUUUUGCGGGGGAAGAAGCGGGCCGAUUAG